AAGAGACAGAUCCCAGGACAACUGUGCGGAGGGCCCCUGAGCAUGCGCAGACAUGAUGACAUCAGAUCCACCUAGAAAGUCUUGGCAGAAAUCGAAGAAGACAGUAAAAGUUAAAAGAUCUUAUCCAACCUUCCCUUCCUUGAUCGCCUGGGAAAAAUUCAGGGGCCUCUUGCCUGUGGAUGGGGAGCCGAACCCUGGAGUGGGCCUGGGCGUGGAAGAAGGACUACUCUGCCAGAUGGUUCAUUCUCCAGAAUUCAACCUGUUUCCUAACUCCGUGGUGUUUGAAAGCAACUUUAUCCAGGUCAGAAGGAGUAGAAACUGGAAAGAAAUCUACAAGGCCUCCAACACAAUGGCCCUUGGGGUGACCUCCUCCGUACCUUGCCUUCCCCUUCCGAACAUCCUCCUUAUGGCCAGAGUCAAAUGGCAUAAGGGGCAGAGCCAGAGGUGGAACAAACCACCCACGGCCCCGAGUAUCAUCCUGAAGAGAAUUCUCCCCUUGAAGUUUGUGGAACUCCAGAUCUGUGACCACCACGAACGCAUCCUGCGGCUGAGGACAGUCACCGAGAAAAUCUACCACCUCAAGCUCCACCCCGACCAUCCCGAGACUGUCUUCCACUUCUGGAUCCGCCUGGUUCAGAUUCUGCAGAAGGGUCUGUCCAUCACCACCAAGGACCCUAGCAUCCUUGUCACUCACUGCCUGGUACCCAAGAGCCUUUGCAGCUCAUGCGGAAAGUCUGAGUCAGCGCAGCAGAAACUCCAAGACGCCCAGCCCAGUGAGAGCCUGAUGCAGCUGAUGGCCCAGGGGGAGAGCGAGGCCCUGUCGCAGAUCUUUGCCGACUUGCAUCAGCAGAGACAGUACAGGAGUUUCGAAAUGGUGAAGAUCAAGAAGAAGACCUCAGGGAGAGCGACGCCCUGUGAGAACAGUGUCCCCUGCACCCGCGAUCUCAGCUGGAGGCACACGCUGAUUAGUGGAGAGUGGGAGAGAGAGAACCCCUCUGGGCCGCAGCCGCUCUCGCUCCUCGGCACCCUGGCUGCCUGCAGCAGGCCGCACUGUCCCUACCUGGAGUUCUACUGAGUGAAGCUCUG